CGAUGGGCUGCUCCUCGUCGAAGAAGCUCGACGAGGAGGAGGCCGUGAAGACGUGCCACGACCGCCGGAGCUUCGUCAAGAGGGCGAUCGCGCAGCGGGACCUCCUGGCCUCCUCCCACGUCGCCUACCUGCAGUCGCUCCGCCGCGUCUCGCUCGCGCUCUUCUACUGCCUCGCCGAGGACGAGCACCUCUACUUCCUGCAGGACACGUCGGCGCAGUGCACCCACCGCCCGUGCUCGCCGGAGAGGAGGGCCGUCCUCCUCGUCGUCAACCGCCUGAGGCAAGGAGGGGCGCCGGUGCACCCGCUGGUGGGGCGGUGGGACGGCGAGGCCGGAGCCGCCGAGGCCGCCGUGGUUGACGGCUUCUUCGGCGUGGAUCCUCGGCUCCUCCGUCCUCCGGCCAACGACGUGACAAUUUCCUCGCCGUUGCACCUGCCGUCGGCAUGGGACGUGUUCUGGGUCGACCCCUUCUCUUCGCUGCCGACCGAUCGCGUUGGCUAUGUGAAUCGCGGCGUCGAAGAGGUGAGCAAUGCUGAUCAAGAAGGUGGUGAGAUACCGGAGCUGGAAGAAAUAAGCAAUGAGGACGGCAGCAAUGGGGAAAGCGAACCGGAGGAGGAGGAGGCGCCUGGUCAUGAGCAGGCAGAGGCAGCGCAGGCGGUAGUGGCGCCACGGGAGGGAGAAGAGAAGAAGAAGGCGGGUGUGAGCAACAGGCUGAGGGUGCGGGCGAGCGCCGAGGUCGAGCAGCAGAGCACCCCCGGCCGAUUCACCGUGUUCGUCGACAGGCCGCCGGCAUCCGUGGCGGAGGCCAUGAGGGACAUCAAGGGCCAUUUCUCCAAGAUCGCCGAUACCGCCGGCGAGCUCUCGGUGCUGCUGGAGGUCGUCCCCUACAAAAAGAAAGUUCAACCACCUGCUCCGAGAGGGGACGUCGAUGGCGACGACGGCUACGAGCAGGUCGGCGCCCGUGAAGCUUCGCCGGAGGCAUUCCAGCUCUUCCAGAGCCACAAGGAGAGCCUCGACAGGCUCUAUGCGUGGGAGAAGAAGCUCUACGAGGAAGUCAGGGCAGGGGAGCGCGUCCGGCUGUCGUACGAGAAGAAGGUCGCGCAGCUGAGGAGCCAGGACGCCAACGGCGCCGAGCCGUUCGCCAUCGAGAGGACCAGGGCCGCCAUCAGGGACCUCCGGACCAAGCUCAACAUCUCCCUCGCCUCCGUCGACGCCAUGUCCCGGAGGAUCGUCGCCGUCCGCGACGACGAGCUGCUGCCGCAGCUCGCGGAGCUCAUCCGAGGGCUUGCAAGGAUGUGGCGGGUGAUCGGCGACGCGCACCGGGUGAUGAAGCGGACGGCGGACGAGGCGAGCUCUGCCGCCGGGGCGGAGGGAGGCAUCAGGGGGCCGCCGCCGCCGCCGGGGCCGACGCGCGCGGCCACCGCGGCGGGCGCGCUGGCGACGGAGCUCCGCGGCUGGCGCGCGGCGCUGGAGGCCUGGGCCGAGUCGCAGCGCGGGUACGCGGCGGCGCUCUGGGGCUGGGCGCGGAGCUGCGUCAAGGACGGCGAGGACAUGCCGCGGCUGAUCGUGGCCUGGGCCCGCGCGGUCGAGGCCGUGGACGUGGACGCGGCGACCCGGGCCGUGGAGGGCGUCGCGGCGGAGGCAGCUGCCAUCGCGACGGCCGCGCGGCGGCGCAGCAGCAGCAGCGCCGAGGAGGAGCCGCCGAACGAGGAGGAAGGGAAGCGGAGGGUCUGCGUCGGGCUGGCGGCCGCGCUGGGCGCCAUCUCGGAGGCCGGCGGCCUGGCCUCCGCGGCGUACGGCGAGCUGGUGGCCGAGAUGGACGAUAGGGAGCGCGAGGCAGAAUUGGCGGGAAGGGACGACGAAAACAGCCCACCGUAA